AUGGACGCAUCAACAUUAAGAGCUGGUACAACAAGAGCUAAUAUGUAAAUGAGUUCAAAAGCUGGACUCAAAUCUGGUCCUACUAUGGCAGGUAAAAAGCUAGCAGGUGGUACCACUAGGUUGCCUUAGGGCAGUAAAUCGUCCAAGCAAGCAGGAUAGUCUAAGAUGAAAACUACGGGAUCAGAAAGAGAUAAUGAAUAUGUAAUGGAGGGUAAUGUUAAUGUAACUCCUAAAAGGCUUAUAACAUAGUAAAUGAAAGAAUUAGCUUAAGAGUUUCAAAAGCACGAAUAAGAAUAAGCUGAAAAAUAAAAGAAAUUAAAAUAGUCAUUUAAACCACAAACUUCAUUAUUAGAAUCCUCGAUGAGGAGUGCAUAAUAGAGCGUUGAUAAGAGUUCUGGCAGUGAAAACAAAACAAGUAGCGCAAAUAUAAAGGAGUCUUCUAUGAUGGAUAGUAGUAGACGUUCCGAAAUAUAUUCUGAAUCAGAAGAAGAAUCUAGACUUAAAGAGGAGCGUGAAAAGAAGGCAAAAAAGGCUAAAUAACUUAGUGAAGACGAUAAGGAAAAAGAUGUCAUAAUCAAUUUAUAAGAAUCUGAAACAGAGAUAUUAUUAUAUAUUCCAUCUUCAUUAGUUUCAAGCUCAUCUGUACAAAUAAAUUAAAACUAAAUAAGGGAUGAAAAUACCAAAAACCCAACUGCAAUUAUUUUAGAAAGAAACCAAAAGUAUGAAUAACAUUGCUAAGAUAUUAUUGGCAGUGAUAAGUUUUCUAAGAGAGCUGCUUAAACAUUUAAGUAUGCUCCUAAGUAACAGUAAUAGUAAUCUAAUAGAAUUGAAAGAGCUGAGAAAGGUGUGUUUGCAGCUGUUUGGGAUUUGUAUGAUGCAUAACUAUAAGAAUAGUACAACGAAUAUGAAUAACUAUAAAAUGAAAUAUAAAAAAAUAUUGAUUUAGAGUUAAAGAAAGCUCUAAAAAAUCCAUUUUGCUUACUUCCUCUUGAUGUUAAAUCUAUCAACUUACACUCUAGAGCUGAAGUACCUGGUGAUACUCGUCUUUUGACUGAGAAAAUGAGCAGUAAAACCUACAAGCCAGGACAUACUGCUUCAGUAAAUAAUAAUACACUUAAUCCUUCAUAAGAUGAUACAGGACCUCGUGAUUCUUCUUUCUCAAAUUUGAAAGACGUUUCAGGCACUAAACUAAAGAGACAGUUUGAAAGCUAAAAUUUAGUGACAAAAUCUUAUGGUGGUAAUAAGGUUCAUCAUGAGUAAAUGCUUAAGUAACAUAAAGAAACAUUAGAAAUUUUAAAGAAAGAAGAAUAAAAGCUGAUUGAAUAAAGACUUGAAAAAGUUAAAAAUUAGAUAAAUGAGGAAGAACAAAAGAUCAUUUCUAGUGAUUCUUUAUCGACAUAUUUAAAAUAUGUUGAUAGAAUUCUCAAUCAAAAUACUUAUCAUAAGUAAUACAUUUUGUAUAGAAAUUAUCCUGAAGUCAAGAUUCACAAAAGAGCUGAUGAUGAGGGUAACAAAAGAUUCAACAAUAUGCGUAUCAAGAGAAUGAAGUAAGGUAAUAAUGAAGAUGAAGAUGAAGAAAAAGAAAAGAAAAAAGAAGUUUUAGAGUUCCUUUUCAAAUUUAAUUGUGAUAUCACUUAGGAUAGAACUGUAAGUUGUGCAGAUUGGAAUCCAGUUAAUAAAGAUUUAUUGGCUUGUACUUACGGUGAACUUGAUUUGAAUGUUAACAGACAAGGUAUGGUUAUGUUUUGGACACUUAAGAACCCUAGCUAUCCUGAAAGAAUUAUCAAAACUAAAUCACGUUUAACUAGUUGUAAAUUUUCUGAGAUGAAUCCUAAUUUACUUGCUACAGGAAGUUAUGAUGGUAUAGUAGCAAUUUAUGAUAUAAGAAAGAAGGGUAAUCAACCAAUCCUUUGUAACGAUUAAACCGAAGGUAAGCAUAGUGAUGCCAUUUGGGAGUUAAAUUGGAUUGGUAAAGGAAACAAAGGUAACGAAAAGGGAGAAAGCUUAGUCAGUAUCAGCUCUGAUGGUCGUAUUGUUGAAUGGAACAUGAAGAAAGAAUUAGAAAAUACAGAAUUAAUGAGCCUUAAAAAGACAUAAAAUCCUUCUAGCAAAGAACAAGCAAAUGAAGGAACUAAUUUUAGAUAGGCAGCUGGUUUUUCUAUGGACUUCAUUAGGGGAGAAUACUCUACUUACUUAGCUGCAACUGAUGAUGGACCUAUUCAUAGAUGCUCUAAAAAUUAUUCUGGACAAUAUCUAGAAUCGUACUUCGGACAUACAGGACCUGUAUAUAGAGUUCGUUUCAAUCCUUUUUGGUCAGACAUUUUUCUUAGUUGUUCUGCUGAUUGGAGUUGUCGCCUUUGGAAUAUUAAAGAAGAAUAACCUUUAAGCACAUUCUAGUCCUUAGAUCUUUAAGAUGAAGUUAUGGAUGUAGAAUGGAGUCCAAAUUGUUCUACCUUAUUUGCUAGUGUUGCUAAAGAUGGAAGAAUGGAGCUUUGGGAUCUCACUAAAAAUAAUAUGUUAGAUCCAUUUGCAUCAAUUAUUCCUAAAAACAAUGAACCUCCCUUCCCUCCUAAAACAAUGGUAAGAUUUGCAUAAAGUGCUCCUGUUAUUAUUACUGGUGAUAUAGCAGGUGACCUCAAUGUCUACAGAUUACAUGGUUAUGAAGAUUCCGAUCCAAAAGUUUAACAUGAUAGGUUAUUAAAAUUACUAUAUCCUUCCGGAUAUACAAAAGGAGUCAAAGAUACAACCGAAGUAGAGUGA